UAACGCAAAACAAGGUUUUAAGUUGUACGAUUUAUUUUCCAGUGGGUGGCAGUACUGUUCAAGUUAUUCUAGACACGUCAAAAAAGAAAGAGGAAGACUUUUCACACACAUUUAUCCAACCAGGUAGAGAUCCUGUGUCCGCGUCAUGCGCUCCAGUGCCUCUCCAAGAGAUGGACCCUGACGUGUCCGUGCUGCUGGAGUGUGCGGUCUGGCGUGGACUUGCGGAGGCCGAGGUCCAAGUGGAGGUGUCGGAGAGCUUCAACAGACAGACAGAUGCUGCGCUAGAGAGCCACAUAGAAGAGGUGUGGGCAAAACGUGUCACCAGGGAGCCCUGGCUUUUCAACGGUUCCAAGUUCAGACUGCACUCAUUUACCUUCGACUCCUCCAAGUUUCCCCCCUCCCAAACCGGUUGUCAGUUUACCAAACAUCUCCCAUGCGCGCCUCCAAAGCAACGCCAACCAACGACCGAUGGGGGUGACAGGGGUGAAGAAGAGCGCCGAUGUCCCGAAGGGAAAGGUGCCUUUAAUCCCACGCCUCAGUGUACUGACGGCCGUCGCUAUCAACAAGGAAAUGGAGACUGUGACCAUCCAGCCCUCGGCUGUUUGGCCGGUGUAGACCCAGGCUGUGGCCCCGGGGUCCGGGGCUCUACACGAGCAGAGGCCGGUCCUCGCCUGACCCUGCGGCUGGGCCUGACGUCCUACAAGGACUUCCUGGGCACCAACUGGUCCGAGCGAGCCGGGGCUCUGCGGCGGCGAGGAGAGACGGAGCUGAAUGAUCCGUGCGGCCUGUUGGCCCAGCCCCUGGGGGUGGGCGGGGUCCUGUGCACCAGCGACGGGAAGGUGGUGCUGAUCAGGAGGAGCCAGCGGGUCGCGGAGGCCGGGGGGCUGCUGGACAUCCCAGGGGGGCACCCGGAGCCACAGGCGGUGUGCCCAUGUGUGAGCGAUGGUGUAAGUCAGGAUCCAAUCAGCAUUGCCGUGGUGCAGCGGAGCCCCAAGGCGGUCGUCUCCGAGAUCUUCAGCUCCGUUUGUGCCGAGAUCAGAGACGAGGUCAACGUGCCGCUGGGUUCCCUGGGAGGGCCCGUGUUGAUGGGCGUAGCGCUGAACCACACCAGCGCAGGCAGACCCAGCGCAGAGUUCUACGUCAGCUGUUCCUUGACCUCAGAGGAAGUGAGGGAGUUGUAUUGGAGAGGUGGAGCGGAGGCCAAUGAGUCCACAGACAUCGUGUUCCUCAGCACAAAGGAGCUGUUGCAGUUGGACAGCUCCAGGCCCCUGUGGUCAGAGCUUUGUCCUUCGGCCAAGGGAGCUGUCCUGCUCUAUCAACUCGUCAGGCCUGACGCAUCUAUCAGGCCGGAGCAGACGAGCUCAGACCAACAAAAGCACGAAGAAAAAGAAUGAUGUUCAUCUGCCAAAUGUUAUGGUUUUAAUACUUUUUGGGCUUUUCUCUUUUUACAUACAAAGAUCUGUACAAUUUCUAAUGAAACUAAUGAAAUACAUUUUUAAAAUUGCACUGUUUUAAAGAAUAAAAAUCUACUAAUUGA